CCAUAUUUCAAAGUGAAAGGAAGUUGCACCUCUCUAAAUGCUAUAACAAGGUUAAUACGCGGGUGUACAUGUAGUUAGUACGAUCGGUAAAAAAAACAUGGACAUCACCCAAUAUGACAAUACACCUACUCUCAGUAAGUCGUGUCAAUCUCCUGAAAAACACCAUAACAGUCACGGGCACAUUGACCUUUGCUUCACGUGCAUUCCAAUGCACUCGAAGAACCGUGCAAAUGGACACGCAAUUGGCGAAAUCACGAACAAAUCGGGGAAAUUCUUACUGCCUGAAUGCACUUCUCACGAGAAAAAUCGCUGCGAGAUGUACUGCCGAGAGUGCGGCCAACCAGUAUGUGCACAGUGUGCUACAAGUGCACAUCAAGCACAUGACGUCACUGAAAUCGAGACUGUUCUUGAAGAUUUAAAGGAACGAAUCAGCCAUGACGUUAAGGAACUAGAAGAAAACGUUGCUCCAAAAUUUCGUCGUUUCGGAGCUGGCUUUCAUUCUGUCGAUUUCGACGCCAUCAUCACUGCCAUACACGAACAGGAAGAAAAAAUGUGCCAAGUUGUGCGAGACAUUUGCAACCAACUACGCGAUAAAGUCAACCAACAAAGGAGGGAAUCGAAAAGAAAGCACAAAGAUACCCAGUUGUUGGCAUCGAAAACUGAGAAAGAACUUCACGAGUUUAUCCAUUACAGUAAAACUAUUCUGAAAUCUAACAAUGCAUCAGCUAUCAUUAACUACAGAGGUAGACACAAACAGUUCAGGGAUGGACCUAAACUUGCGUGUCCACAAUUUAUGCCAGGCAUUAUCAAAAAGGAGCAGAUUUCAGAAAUGGUCGGGUCACUCCUCCGCAGCGCUGAACUAGACCAACCGUCAAGUCAGAUGAAAUUGUUGGACAACCCAGAAGUACUGACUACAAUUCAGAGUCCGUAUGCAUCUCAUCUUCAUAGAGUUUUGUGUGGAAACGCAGAAUCAGAUACCAUCUGGGCAUGUGGGAAUGACUCAAAAAUACAUCAAAUGGAUGGAGAUGGAUGCGUUUUAAAAGCUUUCAGUGCAGCUAGCCAUGUGUGCGCUAUGUCGUUAAAUGAACGUCAGGAACUGGUAUUUUCUGUCCAUUGGUCCGACACUAAAAUAUAUAUCUUCGACGGUUAUACAGUUCAGACUUUAAUAGACCUACGUCUGUGGUGUCCCAGGGGACUCUGUCACUCCAAAAAUGGCGAUCUCUUGGUGAGCAUGCGCACUUUGGACGAGAGUCAAAGUAGGGUCGUGCGAUACUCGGGCGCCAUGGAAACGCAGGUCAUCCAGAAUGACCGACACGGGAAACCGUUGUUCUCCGUUGAGGACACUGCCGUGCUUCUUUUGGCCGGAAACGGAAACGGAGACGUCUGCGUUGCCGACCACGCAGCGGAAACCGUGGUUGUUGUGGAUACAUCCGGGGAAUUGCGGUUCGAGUAUCGCGCGUAUCUCUCCCCGAGGUACAAACACGAGGUGUUCUAUCCGUCCAAAAUCUCUACAGACGUCAACUGUCAAAUUCUCGUCAACGACAGCGCGAACGACAUUGUCCACGUCAUAGGUAGUGACGGUGGUUUUAUCCGGUAUAUCGAGUAUCCGUGUAAUGGAGGUUUGAGUGUUGAUAUUGACCAUAAUCUAGUCGUUGGGGAUGAAUUAACUGGAAUAAUACGGGUUAUCAAGUAUCUGCAAUGAUUUUUGUAAUAAGGACAUGAUUGUUUUAGUGUGUAAAUUAAAUUCACCUUCGCUAGCCAAGGGUUUUCGGUCCA